AUGAUUACAAAAAGUUCUUUUAAAACUUUUCCGUUUCCUGUUCAAGAUAGCAUCGGCAAAACAAGAACUCAAAUUGCAAAAAAUGAUUAUGAUUUCUUCAACUUAUCCUGCAAUAUUUCCAGAAAUCCAUUACCAAGAGAGGCUGAAAGAUACUGUUUGAGGCAUAAAGAAAAUCAGGACAUGUAUAGAACGAAAGAGCGUGAACAGUAUGAUUUGCUCCAAAAACCUAAAACAAUUUCCUUUUAUCCCUUCGCUUUGCUUUGCUGA